ACAAACCUGAAGACCUCCUGUCCAGCAACCAAGCAAAAACGAGCAUGUCAUCCAGAGACAUCUUACCGGCGUCAGGCGGCGCAUCACGGAGGCCGCAGUCGGUAGGGUUACAAAAACCUGAGCGAUCUGGGAGGCCGAUCGCAACCAACACGAACGGGGGCGAGUGGGAUAUUGCAGAUGAUAUGGUGAAGCUGCAGAUUACUGAGGAUCCUCCCGAACACAAAUCUCAUUUGCGUACCCCGCCUCAUCUCCGGGGCCAUUUGGGUGUUGUCGGCAUCGAGACCAGCCCCCUCGAGACGUCUUCAGAGACCAGCCUUGGCUCAGAGUCUCCGAACGCGUUCGAUCAGCCUGGCACCCUCGGCUCACACUCUCGCGGCUCCUCAGCCGACACCACCGCCUCCUCCCACACACCAUCCUACUCUGGCGGACAGACGCUGCAUGCGGGACCGUACACACCGUUGAAAGUUGGUGGUAUGGGCGAAUCCAGGAAUCGCCCGCAUUCUUAUAGCGGAGGAUUAUCCUCAGCGGACCUCUUGCGCUUGCAACAAGCUGGCGGGAGUCCGGGCGUUCCCGAGACAUGGUCGAGUCCAAACGGCACUCCAGAGCGACAGGCGCCAGCUGAGCAACCAACUUAUCCAUCGCUGGUUGGCCAAGGCUCCCGAUCUCAAGAGGCACUCCUUGGAACUCGCUCAGACGAGACCCAAGGAAGCUACGAAGCGCCUCCUCGCCAGCAGUAUGGCUCUCUCGCUCAAGGCCCUACUGCGCACGCUGCCAGUUCUGCUGCACCGUCCGCUCCCUACGCUGCUGCCAAUCGUCCGACUGGCAUUGCAGCCUCGGGCGCCCAAUUCCGCCAACGCGCCUUCUCGCCUCCGCAGCCGGUCCCGACGGUCAUGCAGAGUCCACCGAAUUUUGGCUAUCCUGGCCCGUUGCCCUUGACAGUGGCAGGUGGACAGCAAUUGUACGAUAUGAUGCUGCCUACACCGCCUCUUGAGAACCCCGCGAUGGCACGGCUCCAGCAACAGACGCCGUAUCGCGGUGUCCACCAGCACUCCGCCUCCGACCCAGCAUCUCUCCGCGACCCUGCCGUGCUCGCGUUACUCAACACCAACAUGCAAGCUGCGUUCGCUGCCGGCCAAAUAUACGGUCCCGCCGCCAUGGUCCCGCCCAAUAUGGCGAUGUUCAACCAGUUCUAUGCUGGCCCCGAGGGCUACCCCAGUCCUGAUCUCGCCAUGAUGGCAAGGCUCCAACCUCAGUUUACUGGCCAGUACGGCAUCCCGUCCGCGCAAAGUGCUACAGCCGUUGGAUCUAACAGGCAGCAGGCCACACAGUCUCCUGAAAGCAGCUCCGGGCUUGGCCCGAACGCGAACAACCGGAAGCUGGGCUUGUACAAGACGGAAUUGUGCAGGAGCUGGGAGGAGAAGGGAAGCUGUCGCUAUGGAGCCAAGUGUCAGUUCGCACACGGAGAAGAGGAGCUGAGACUGGUGCAGCGGCACCCCAAGUACAAAACGGAGAUCUGCAGGACUUUCUGGGUCUCUGGCUCUUGCCCUUACGGCAAGCGUUGCUGCUUCAUCCACACGGAGCUGCCAGGUGCUGCAAACCAAGGCGGCGGCCAAGAUAACGCUGCCUCACAUGGCGCGGGCGAACAACGCCCACGUUCUGACAGCGACCCCAAUGAAGGAUCAACUUCUCUCCUUGCUCGCAUCUCUGCGAAGCGCCAAGAACCUCUGGGUGCGAACAAGCCUGGAAGCGUGAGCACGACGCCUCCAGCUACCGGCUUCGGCGGACGUCCGGGGUCGCUGCGGGUCGACACCUCGGUGCUGGACCCGAAUGCAGGGAAGCAGAACAAGUCUGCGUUCCCCACCUUCACCCACAAUGGCAUUCUUGUUUCGUCAAACGACGAAGCUCCGGCCAUGUCUCCCGGUCCCGUGACCGCCGCGCCAGACUUUGGGAGACAUGCCGCUGCACGGAUGGACAUUGUCGGCGCACAGCCGCGCGUCCGCAAAACUACCGACGUGAACCCCAACCUUCGCCAUUCAUUCAACGGCGGCGAGAUCCAGUUCGAUCUGAGCGCGACCACGCCGACCGCCCCGAACCAGGGGCAGUUCAGUGUGGCCACAGACAUGCAGUCCCAGCGCGCCGCGCGCAUGAACGGACACGUCCGCUCGGGCAGCGCAGGCAACUGGGGCUCCGCGACGCGCGCGGCGGGGCACCUGAGCGCGUACCCGCUUUCGUCUAUACCCGGUGGCGAGCUCAAGGGAAACAUGCCCUGGGCAGAGUACCCUGCGUCUCGGCGUGCCGAGAACAACUGGGCCUAAAUUAGGGCGCACCAUGCGGCCCCGUACAUGAGUAUGAUUGCGAAGGACAAGUCACUUCGAAAGUGCUCUUGAUGUGACCCUUUCUUUACUGGAGGACACUUGUAAUCAUCCUUUCUUUUCUAGAGUCUGUGGCUCGUUGUGUGGUUUACUGUCUGUCUCACUGUCCUGUCCCACCCGUUACCUGUGUGCAUACUAAUUCUCUCCCAUCUGACUUCUUGUGUUCCAAACUCGCUAUCCAAUAUCCUCUCUCAUCAUGCCUAUCGUCUUCAUUUCAUCCAUCGUUGUUUCUGCAGAUCUUGACUUGUUCCCCCGAACAUUUCGGAUAGCUUGCUACAAUCACUC